AUGGUUGCAGGUAAAAAACUCCACGGCCAAGACCAAAUAAUUGUGUCUCUGGCAGUGGGGCCAGUGUCGUCCGGCAGCUCGAUUGAGGUCAAAGACAACUUCGUGAACCGGGUCGCUGAGAAGUGCGGCGGGGCCGUUGUGCGCAUCCAGACGGAGCAGAAGGUGGAGAUUCCCUCCUUCGGCAAUGCCGACAUUUUCUCUUUCUUCUUUGGAAUCAAACCGGAGGUCAAUCAGAAGGAGCGGAAGAUCAAAGGUCAGGGCUCCGGCUUUUGCGUCGAUGGCGCAGCGGGCGUGGUUCUGACCAAUGCCCACGUGGUCCAGGGAGCAGACAGGAUUCUGGCGAGCUUUCCCGGAAAGCGGGUCGCACUUGAAUGUGAGAUCCUGGAGACUGAUGAGGUCAUAGACCUGGCAGCUCUGCGGGUGAAGGACAAAUCGCAGCUCCCAUUGCCCUCUAUGGCCAUGGGUGCCAGCGACACAGUGAAGACGGGUGAUUGGACCAUCGUUCUCGGAAAUCCUCUCGGCCUGCAAAACACGUGCACAUUGGGUAUCGUCUCUUCGCUGGACCGCUCGACGGGCGAAACGGGCUUCGACUGGAUGCGACACCCACUGAUUCAGACAGACGCCGCUGUGAACCAAGGGAACAGUGGCGGGCCCAUGCUGAACGAGGUUGGAGAGGUGAUCGGGAUGAUCUCCAUGCGGGCGCUCUUCGGCGAGGGAAUCGGCUUCGCCAUCCCGGUGGACUCCAUCCGGACGGCACUCCCCAGUCUCCUCGCUGGCAAGAAGGUCCCGCGGUCGUACAUUGGAGUCAAGAUGGCGAUGCGCGACGACUCCGGGCGUGAGCACGCCGUGGUCGACGUGGUCCUGGACGGAAGCCCCGCAGCCGAGGCAGGCCUCAAGGUCGGCGAUCACAUCGCGGAAGUGAGCGGUCGAAAGGUGCGGCAUUUCGAUGAGGUACAGCUGGCUGUCCGAUCCCUGCCAGUGGACAGCCGCUUGAAGCUCAAGGUGAGACGUGGCGAGAAAUCGACGACGCUUGUCGUGACGACAGCAGACAUCCGACGUCUGCGGGAGGCAUCGCCAGCCUCACCCGGGGGCCGCCCGCGCGUGGUCAUCUUGCCAUGA